AGGGCUUAAAUUUUGUAUUCUGCUUUUGUUGCAUGGCGUAUGUCAGCGAGAGAAUUAAUUUAUUUAUUUAAAUCUGAAAUAAAUAGUUUAUUAAUUAAUUCAAAAUCACCAUCAUGACAUUUAUAACUGCUAUUCGACAUUAUGUAAAUCCUAGAAGAUUGUCAAAAUUGCAUCCACGUGUUUUGCAGAAUAAUAUCCGUUACAUGGCAUCACAUGAAAAAUUCGCCGAGCACAAACCAAUAGAUAAAAUACGAAAUAUUGGUAUAUCAGCGCACAUUGAUUCCGGCAAAACAACACUAACAGAAAGAAUCUUAUUUUACACGGGAAGAAUUUCUCAAAUGCACGAGGUACGUGGUAAAGAUAAUGUUGGAGCUGUAAUGGACAGUAUGGAGUUGGAAAGACAACGAGGAAUAACCAUUCAAUCGGCGGCAACUUAUACAAUUUGGAAAAAUCAUAAUAUUAAUAUAAUCGACACUCCAGGACAUGUUGAUUUCACUGUUGAAGUGGAAAGAGCUUUACGUGUUUUAGAUGGUGCAAUUCUUGUUCUUUGCGCCGUUGGUGGUGUACAAUCACAAACAUUAACCGUCAAUCGUCAAUUAAAACGAUAUGACGUUCCAUUUUUAGCAUUUAUCAAUAAAUUAGAUCGAAUGGGUGGAAAUGCGUAUAGAGUUCUCGAACAAAUGAGAACAAAAAUGAAACAUAAUGCAGCUUUUAUACAAUUACCGAUAGGAAAGGAAAGUGAAACUCAAGGUAUUAUUGAUUUGGUUCAUCAAAAAGCACUUUACUUCGAUGGAUCUUAUGGCGAAACAGUUAGACAAGAUGAGAUUCCACAAAAUAUGAGAGCAGAAGUCGUCGAUAGAAGACAGGAAUUAAUUGAACACUUAACUAAUGUUGACGAAACAUUAGGCGAUAUGUUUAUUAAUGAAAUGGCAAUAACAGAAAAGGAUAUAAUGGAUGCAAUUCGACGGACUUGUAUGAAAAGAACAUUUGUACCCGUUUUAGUUGGUACAGCGUUAAAGAAUAAAGGAGUACAGCCACUUUUGGAUGCUGCACUUGAUUAUUUACCAAAUCCUGGUGAAGUUGAAAAUUUUGCAAAUAAAGAAAUUGAAGGACAAGAGCUUAAAAAGGUUUUAAUGGAUCCAACUCGAAGUAAUGCACAACCUUUUGUUGCAUUGGCUUUUAAAUUAGAACUUGGCAAGUUUGGUCAAUUGACAUACUUUCGAUGUUAUCAAGGAAUGUUACGGAAAGGAGACAGUAUUAUUAAUACAAGAACAAAUAAAAAGGUUCGUAUAGUGCGAUUGGUUCGUCUUCAUUCAAAUCAAAUGGAGGAUGUAAGUGAAGUUUACGCUGGCGAUAUUUUUGCUCUGUUUGGAGUUGAUUGUGCUUCAGGAGACACAUUUGUUAAUAAUUCUAAAUUGCAACUUUCCAUGGAAUCAAUUUAUGUACCCGAGGCUGUAAUUUCAAUGUCUAUUCAACCGAAACAUUCGAAAGAUCGCGACAAUUUCGCUAAAGCUGUUGCUAGAUUCACCAAAGAAGAUCCAACAUUACGUUUUAAUUACGAUGAUGACAAUAAAGAAAGUUUAAUAUCCGGAAUGGGUGAAUUGCAUUUAGAGAUAUACGCACAGCGAAUGGAACGUGAAUAUAAUUGUCCGGUAAAUUUGGGUAAACCAAAAGUUGCAUUCCGUGAGACAUUAGUGUCACCUUGUGAAUUUGAUUAUUUACAUAAAAAACAAUCAGGAGGAGCUGGACAAUUUGGUCGAGUUAUUGGUGUUAUGGAGCCUCUUCCACCAAAUAAAAAUACAGUUCUCGAGUUUCGUGAUGAGACCGUUGGUACGAAUGUACCAAAACCUUUUGUACCUGGUGUAAAGAGAGGAUUUUUACAUGUCUGCGAGAAAGGUGUUCUCAGUGGUAAUAAAGUAGCUGGUGUGAAAUUUCGACUUCAGGACGGUGCAAGUCAUUGUGUUGAUUCAUCUGAAAUAGCCUUCUUUCAUGCUGGUCAAGGUGCUGUGAAAGACGUAUUUCAAAACGGAGUUUGGACGAUUUUAGAACCAAUUAUGUUAGUGGAAAUUACAUGUCCAGAUGAAUUUCAGGGAACCAUUAUGGGUAUGAUUAAUAAAAAGAAGGGUAUUAUAUUGGGAAGUGAUGGAAGCGAAGAUUGGUUCACAAUGACGACAGAAGUUCCACUAAAUGAAAUGUUUGGAUUCGCUGGUGAAUUGCGAUCAAUGACACAAGGUAAAGGAGAAUUCUCUAUGGAAUAUUCGCGAUAUACACCAUGUUUGCCUGAAGUACAAGAACGACUCAUUAGAGAAUAUCAAGAAUUAAUAAAUCCCCAACAGCAAAAGAAAAAAAAUUAAUGUAAGAUAUUAACGAAUUAUAAUAUUUUUUAUAAUAAUAGUAAUAAAUAUGACUGAGUUUUCAUCAAAUUCUUAUUUAUAAGAAAUUUAAAUUAUAAAUAUUUAAUUCAAAAUUAAUACUAUAAUAAAUUAAAUUUUGAAUGAAUGUGAUAGAAAUAAUGAAAACUGCUGAUACAAAUGAUACUUCUAUUGUAGUUUCAUUCAAUUAAUGGUAUUCGAAUAAUAAUUUAAAGCGAAUUUGUAAAUAAUUGUAUACUUUGUUAUAGAUUUUAAUUAAAGAAAAAUAAUUCUUAAA